CCAGCGAGCGGCGAGCGAGUGUGGGGGUGGGGGGCACGCACACGCAAGGCUUGGAGCUGCCACGGCGGGGCUUCGGGGGGGUUCGCGUCGCUCUUCUCCGCCCUCUCUCUCCACGCGCCGCCCCCGCCAGAUCCGACCUCCCCAUGACCCGGGCACCGCCGCCAAACCCUAAAUUCCCUUCUCCCUCCCUCCCCCUCCCUCCCUCUCUCUCUCUCCGUCUCUCCAUCUCCGCCGCGUCUGAGCUCCGUGCUCCGGCUCCAGCCGAUUCCUCUCCCACGAUGAUCUCCAUUUCGCUCUGAUCAUCGUCGUCAUCGGCUCUCGCGGCUCCGGUUCUCUGCAUCCCCCCCCCCCCCCCCCCCCCGCCGACCGACCGACCGAAGGAUGGCCGCCUCCGCCGAUCCUCCCUCCAGCCACCACUUCCCCCGCGGCUCCGACCCCGCCGCGGGCAGCCCCCGGUCGCGCCGCAAGAACCUCCCCUCGCCCCGGUCGCAGGUCGCCCGCCUCGAGCCGGAGGCGCCGUCGCCGUCGCCGUCCCCUCCCCCGCGGUCGCCGGCGGCUGCGGCGUGGGAGCAGGCGCCGUGCUCCCCGCGGAGGUCGGCGCUGCAGCCCGAGGUCGGCUCGGAGGAGAGCUCUGAUGGAAGCGGGGGCAAUGUCGUCUCGGUCCAGCCGAAGAAGCCGGCGUGGAACAAGCCGUCGAGCGAGGCUGUCGACGCGGGUCCUGUGAUGGGAGACGCGGUGUCUUGGCCCGCCUUGUCCGAGUCGGCGAGGGCUUCUCCCAAAUCGUUGAGCAUAGACCCUCCGUCUUCCAAAGCUGCGUCUGUAGAGUCGGUCCCCAAUUCGCAGGUUCGCUUGGAAAUUUCCCCGGGGCCUCCGGUGCUGCAUUCACCACAGAAGCAAGCUGCCUCCAACAAUUUGAAUGCUAACUCGACGUCAAAUAACUCACCGACUGCUCGUCAAAAAUUGAACAGGCGCGGUGGUGGUGCAAACAGCAACUUUCCAAAUGCAUAUGGGCAGGGUGGUUUUGCUCACCAUCCCAUACCACCGCCUCCGCCUCCGCCAUUACCGCAUUUCCCAGUAUUCCAUCCAAACCCUUAUGGAACUUUUAUACGACCAAUUGCCAAUACGACUGUCAGGGAUCCCACAUACAAGGGCAAUAACUGGGACGUAAGACCAGCGAGAGGUUUUGUUUCUCCAGCGCAUGUUAUGACCGAUCAUCGUAACUCUUCUCGGAGGGGAAAUUCUGGACCUCAUCAUCGUGGAGACGGUUCACCUCGUAACAGUAAUAAUAAUGGCACCAGGCGCGAUAAGGACCGUGGAAAUUUCUCGGGUGCUAGAGAUCUUAAUGUGCAGCCUCAUAGAGCAAAUCCUAGAGGCUUUGUGCGGUCUUCGCCUCCACUACCUACCUCCCCUCCAUUUGUUGGUCCACCGCCCAUGAGACCUCUUGUACCUAUGAAUUUUUCUGAUAUAACUCCUCAAUUCUAUAUUCCUGCUUUGCCUAUGGAACCAUAUAGUGGUGGGCCAUUUUUUCCUCCUCCACCAUCCACUCCAAUGUUUAUGCCUGUUUCAGACCCUUCUCUUCCCAGUCACAUUGUCCAUCAGAUAGAAUAUUAUUUCAGUGAUGAUAACUUGGUUAAGGAUGAGUUUUUGAAAGCAAAAAUGGAUACUGAAGGAUGGGUUCCCAUCUCUUUAAUAGCAUCUUUUCCUCGAGUUAUGAGCCUCACUACCAACAUCCAUCUUAUAUUAGAAUCCUUGAGAGAUUCAACGGUUGUGGAAGUCCAGGACGAUAAAGUGAGGAGGCGGAAUGAAUGGGCUAAAUGGAUAUAUCGUGGCUCGCUGGCCUCCAGAUCAUCAAGUUACGAUGAACUUGCUACUUCUUUCGAAAAGAUGACAGCUGAGGAAGUCCCUGCCAACCAAAAUGAUAUGACUGGUGAGGCAGACGUGCACCGUGAUGCUGUUUCAAGAUAUUCACCAAAGUCUACUGACCAGGUCCAGCAUCCCGACACCGUUGGUAUUGACUAUUGACACCACCUGCUGAAGCAUAAAUCCAUUAUUCUGUGGAACCACGAAAUUUGAAGUAAGUUUAAUCCCCAGAGGAAGAAAGGGGGAAUUCAGUUUGGAAGUAUUGAGAUGUAAAGAUAAAGAGGCCGAUGCUGUAAAAGGUGGGUUAGCACCUGACUUUUUGGCUUUCCCUCGGUGAGGCCGAUAUUGGCUUUCAGUUGUUUCGAUGAUGGAGACAGUGAAAGCAAAAUAAGAGAUGCGUAUGUUGCUAAAGAUUCAGACAGUGUAAACAAGGAAUAGCUCAUACGAUUCCCUGGGGUUUUGUACUAUUGGUUUGUCGGCUUGUAUAGUUUCGUCAAUACGUUGAAUGUUGUUUUACCUCGUGUCUCUGGGGUCAUCGGAAUUUGGGGAGCAACUGGAGGUUCUUUCCAGUGGUACACGUUUGUUUGUGAAUCAAUAAUAACUCCCGUCUAGGAGUGAACAAAUGAUGUUGCGGUUCAUCUCAGCUGCAUGGACUUUGGAGAAGAGAUGAAUCUUUUAUGCUUUGUA